AUGAUGAUAAGAGACAGUUCAGGCAGAAAGGUCAGAGCAUUGAGAGUAUUUUAUUUGGCAAUAAAAAAUAUGAAAGAACUUGCUGAAUUUAUUAUUAAGAAAUCAACGAUCGGAUACAAGAAAGACGACACCCUAUGGGUCAUAACUAUUCCUGCAAUAUCGUCGGAUUCUGCAAAGCAGUUUAUGCGGGAGGCAUCUAUUGCUGCAGGCAUCCCUAAUGAUCAAUUGAAAUUUGUCCUAGAGCCGGAAGCCGCCGCUUUGUAUUGUAAAGAUCGGCUUAUGGCUGACACAGUUCCUGUUGGGUUCAAGUACAUCAUAGCUGACUUGGGAGGUGGAACAACAGAUAUCUGUGUGCAUGAAACAGUAGCAGAUGACAAACUUAUAGAAAUAUAUCGAGCAACCGGAAAACCUGUAGGUGGUAGCAGUGUUGAUAAAGAAUUUGAAAAAUUUAUGGGUGAUCUGAUUGGGGAAAUUGUGUGGACCGAAUUUUCAUCUGAAUACCCGUCUGUCCAUGUUAGAUUUAUGAAUGAAUUUCAGGUGAAGAAAAAGCAUUUUACAUUGGACAAAGAUGCAAUUACAUUGCGAACUGACACUGCACUCAUAGAUCUCAUAAAAACUAGAACAGGAAAAACUUUCCAUCGCAUAAUAAGAAAUUCAGUGUAUGCUGAUAAAGUAGGGUACUCUCCUUCUUACGAUGAAUUCGUCAUUUACAGAGAAGUCAUGGAACAGUUUUUUACACCAUCUGUGAAUAGUAUUACAGAGAAAAUAAGAAAGGUAUUAGAGAAUUGCCGAGAAAGUAACAUACAAACAAUACUUCUAGUAGGAGGUUACAGUGAAUCGCCAUAUCUAAAGGAACGAGUUGAGACUGAGUUCAACGAUUUAAGAGUUAUCUUUUCAGUAAAUUCUAGAUUGGCGGUGUUAAAUGGAGCAGUCAUGAUGGGAUGGAAUCCGAAUCAUAUCAUACAGCGUAGGUCAAGAUAUACAUACGGAUUCAGUGUUAUGUGCCCAUUCGUAGACGGGAAGCAUCCAAACUAUCUCAGGUACAUACAAGAUGGAAAAGUUUGGUGUUGUAAGGUAUUUGUAAAGUUGAUAGAGAAAGGUCAGCUGUUGGAGUACGGACAAACAUUUAAACAUAAGGGAGAUAAUACAGCCAUUUCUCAAGAACUGAAACACAAAGAGAGAUAUACCGCCGUUUAUCGCUCUACAAAAAAGUGUCCGGAGUACUGCACAGAGGAGCAUGGGUGUAAUCUGAUAGGAAACAUUAUAAAAUAUCCACCGCCGGAAGGCUGGCCUGAUUACUGGGUGGGUGAGUCAUGUCUCAUAGUAGGGGAGACAGAGUUUACUGUGAAAGAUAUUAAUCUAACAACUGGAAAGGAAUAUAUGACCCGAUUGGACUUCUUGUAA